AUGUUUUCCACCACAUCAAACAACAAUAACAAUUUAAAUAGUAAUACGUAUAUUCAAAAGACUAAUUUAAUUAGUAGAGAAGAAUUGGAUUAUAUUCAAUCUCAUCAAAUACACUUUCCUUCCAUUAAUAACAACAAUUCAACAACUACAACCGAUGAACAAGAACAACAUGAAGAAUGGCUGAAUGAAAUUGUUCAAACUCUCACUUUCCACUACACUGAAUUGAUCAGCAAACAAAUGAUGAGCCUCUUCUACCCUAGAUAUCAACACUUUUUGCAAUGUCUCUUCAUACCAGGAAUUGGCACACGAUUUGAGCAAUUCUACAACUUUUUGGAGUGUUGUUCUUUUGAAGAGAAGGAAGCUUGGACUCAUCAAGAAGCCUUUGAGGCCUUUGCUAAUCAUUUGGGAAGAGUGAGAACCUACAGAGCUUUGGCGUUGAAGGAGAGUGAAUAUCAAAAGAUAAUCUCUGAUGAUUCUAUUCAUCCAACAGGAAGAUUGAAGAUAUCAAAGGAGAUUGUUGAAGGAAUGGUUGAUUUGCAUGGUGUUUGGAAGAUUUGUCAUGCCAGAUUGUAUAUUGGACAAAGAAUGGUCAAGUAUGAUCCUUCUCUUUCUCUACACGAUCAUCCAGAGACAACUACCUGCAUUGCUUCACAUUAUAUGGAUUUACCAGAGAGGAAGAUUUAUUUGAUGGAAUUGGAUUUACCACUCAUUGAAGUGUUGGGUUAUAAAAUGAUCACAUUUCAACUUGUUGAUUGGAUCGGAAAGGAGGAAGAAAAAACAAACAUCUGGUUGCAAUAUCAGCUAAGAGGAAAACAUUCCUUCUCCUAUCAUCACUUUCAUCACUUGGCCACAAUUGGUCACGAACAAAAAUACAUUCCAACCAAUGAGAAUGGUAUUAAUUUGUAUUGGCCAACUUGUGCCAUCAUUCACAAUUCAAUGUUAAUUAUUGCAGAUAAUGGAUACUCGAGGAUUAAUAUGUUCAAUGUAGAAACCAGAGAUCAUUUGGGAUUUUUCAACAUUCCAAAACAAGCUCCUGAGCGAUUACUCUCAUGUGGAAAUUCUCUGAUUAUUUCCUCCACCUUUAGAGUCUUUUCUUUAGAUUUGACAAAGCUCAGCAAUUCCAACACAACAAUCAAGCUAAACGAUUUGCAAUGGAAUGUGUUAUUUGAACGUUGUAUUAUUAGUAUUUGUCUGAGGAAGAAAUUUACAAAUCAAAACAAUAACAAACAACAUGCCCUAAUCUAUGUGGUUUUGGAGUCUGGAAGAGUAUUCGAAUUGGAUAGCAAUAAUGGACAGAUUGUAAGAGAUUUUCAAAUAUUGGAUCCAUUCUCGAAAAAUCCAUUAAUCCCAAGUGAACUUAUCUAUGUUUCCAAACUUAAAUCAUUCAUCAUGUUGGAUAGCUACAAAAAUAGUGUGGUUACUUUUUCAGAUUGUACCCUUGAAAUAACCCAUCAAUUCAACCUUAUUGGAAAACAUCUGUUCCGUUCUAUUUACUAUGACGACUACAAGAACCUUAUUUAUAUUUGUACAAGCAAAAAUGUACAAAUUUACACCAGGGCUGAAAGACAUCAAAAUAUCAAUUACAAGAAAAAAAACAAGAUGGUACAAAAGCAAGUGAGAGAUUCAAACAAGAAGAAUUUAAUUGGGUCAAUUAGUUCACCACAAAAGAUUGGCAAACAAAACAAUAACAUGCUGAAAGCUCCAAGUUUUGAUUUUGAUGUUGUGAGUUUCACCAAUAAUCACAGCAUGUUUGCCACAUCAAGACAGAGAAAAGCACCUGUGCAAGCUUAUGAACAAGUACUUAUUCUGCAACCUCAAACUCUCAUUAGUUCUCAUGAGCUUGAAAUGCCUAGAAAAAAGCAGAAGAAACAUCGAGUGACUGGGUCCAAGAUUUUUGAAACUACUCUACCUGAAGAUUUACAUCCACCUCAAACAAGAGUCACAACUACAUGCAUAGCAUCUUCAUGCAACUGCUCUACAUCCUCAUCAUUGAAUGUAUCAAUGCAAACACCUUCUUCACCUGACCAGUUUAUGAUCGGUUACAAUAAUCAGCAGCUUAAUACCAGCACUAAAUCUUCAUCCAGUUCUUCACGUAUUCAUCGCUCAUCAAUUUCAAUCAGAGAAUUGUUAAAUUGA